AAAAAAGGGGGAGAAGGUCUCCAUUAUUUCUUUAGUUGAGCAGUUACAAACAGCGGUGGGCACACAUUCCCAGAAGUGUAUUCUCUAAGAGCUUUAAGCAUGACGACUACAUGUUCUGACAGAUGGGUGGGGCGGGGUCUCUGUGAGGCGACCCAGCGAGAGGGCCUCUUGGGACCAACAUUUCUUACUCCAUAUCUUUUAUAUGCAGACUUGAUAGUAGUGAUAUUUGCAUGGAAUCUACCAUUGCAAUAUUCAUUAUAAUAUACUGAAAAAUGCAGCAUGAUAAAAAGCAAGUGGCCAUGUGGUCUGAUGCAAUGCUGAGGUGAUAAAUAACUCUCUGGAAGUGUGUGUGUGUGUGUGUGUGUGUGUGUGUACGCACAUGUUUUUUUAAAACAAUUUUACUGCAUGACCCAGCCUCCUAUGGAGUGGAGUUGAAAGGGUCCUAUUAUGCUAGAGUUCAGCGCUUUGUAUUGUGUUGUGGACCCCUAUAGAGCAAGUUACAGACAAUAACCUGCACAGAAAGCUUUCUAGAUCUUCCAGAUUGUGCACCUCUUUCUGCAGAAUUUCCUUGGACUUCCUGCUCGAGGUAUGCCCAGUCUGAUGUGAUUGGCCCCACUGCUGAAGCCUCCCAAGGACUUACAUAUGUACAGUAGGUCUCUAUAUACUGAGUGCAGGCCCAUAUAAAGAAGUCUGGAUCGCAUUGAUGUCAGUAGAACUGAUGUGUUAGAAAAACUCUGUAAAACCGAGCGUGCAGAGCCAUCACUUGGCCAUGUUUUAAGUGAAAUAUUAACCUGCAUAAUUAUCUGCUUUCAACUGUUGUCGCUCAAGGUCUGUUAGCCUCCAUCAUGGCUUCACAUCACAUAGAACAAGGCGUGCUUGACCCAGCUCCUCUAACAUGAUGAUGACUUCAUUACAGUUCCGAAGGGGCUAAACGACAAGAGGGUUCGCUCCAUGCAUGUGUCUCAACACCUGGGCACGUUGGUUCCACAGCGGAGUGAACAGAGUGAGUGAACCCUCCUGUCUCGGUCCCAGUGGGGAGAGCUUGUGUGGAGGCAAGAAUCAGCUUGGAGUUAAAGUAGCCUGCAGACCUGUGGACUGGAAGACUCCAGGGUUGCACUGGCAGUAGCGUGACGCAAAGGCCUCCAUCAUGCGGUCGAUCUUCUGAGCUUCACCCGGCAAACGGAAACUCCACAGGAACUGCCUGUAAGGAAAACAGGAAGUUAAAGGGGUGAAUCCGUUGACAUCAUAAAGCAUCAGGAUGUGUUUAACUUGAGCUGACCGUAGAGCUUGGACGAGGUUGAGAUCUGCAAACUCGUGCAGCUCCACAAACGCCUGCAGCACCUUGAUGUUGAAGUCAUCCCUGGUGAGCAAAAGGAUGUGAGCAACAAGAAGACGCUCCAUAUGAAAGCAAGUAACCAGGUGUUGAAAUUGGGGCCUUGUGUCUUUCCUCAGCAUUCCUGCCAUGAUUGCUAAUUUAUUCACACAAGAUGCUGAGAGGUGGCGUCUGGAAGCAGCUGGCUUGUGCUCAACGUUUCCAGCCCCUUAGGCAUUUUUGCAUGCGCCUGACUGGAGAAAAACAGCUAAACCCAAAACUAUACACUCACUGGUUUGUCGGGCCGUUAGAGCGUCCACCAUUGUGACACAAAGUUCUGAUAUAAUAACAUUCUUCAAUUAUUCGAUCUUGGGGUUCGUUUUGUCUCGUGCAGAACUUUGUUGCUCAUAAAUGUAUCUGCAGCCAAAUACAACAAACCCUUCCUUAUGUGGUUUAAUGCAGGAAGAACUGUACAGUAAGUCCAAAGAAGCAUGCAUAAUGCUAACAGCGAUGAUCCACCACCAUUCAUCACACAAUAAAUGCAAAUAAGUUGGAUAAUUUAGCUGACCUCCACAUAUUGCCAUGUGCAUACGUGUCUUUUUUUCCCUCAUCCCUCGCCUCCAAACAGGCAGGAAGAGAGUUUUCUCCAUAGAACAACGACAUGAACAGAGUGAGCCCUUUUGCCAGUCAUACAGUCUCUUUGUCUCGUUAUAUAUGUGUACUGGUUUCCUGCUGUUUCCCACCGUUUCUGCACUGGGUGUGUAUUAAAAGGUCCCUACCCAUGCAAAGCUGCAUUAGUGAUAAUUACAGAGUGUCAAGCCUCAGUGUGGGUUUUGUGUGGUAGGUGGUCCAUUUGAUCACGAUUCAGGAAUGAAGGAUUUUUUUUUGGCAAUCAGUGGAGGCCCCCCGCCCGAGUUGUCGCACUUUGAUAGAGAACGUGUGUUUCAUUGUCAGCCAAACACAACGGAUGUGAUGGGAGGUUUUGGGAAGCUCAUAACAAACCGUUUUCAUGUCAGGCAGUUGCACAUCAUAGAAUGGAUAAUACUAUAUGACGAUACUAAAUAAAAAAUGGAAAUAACAUUGUUUUUCAUUUGCUAGCAUGCUUAAAAGUCAUCUCUAGUGGUUGCAUUUGAACAGGAUUGAAGUAAAUAAAAUAGCUGCUUUUCCAUCUCACCGCUCGCCUAGGUAGUCCCCGAUGAUGGUCUUGUUGAGACCCUCGCCUUUAUAGAGGAACUGGGCGAUGUCUUCUGGAGUGUGCUGAAGGAGGUCGUUCUCCAGCAGGAACUGGAUGCCCUAGAGGACAGGAAAAGGAAGCCGGCGUGUGUGAGCCUGGUCCGGGUCAGACGUCUUGGCUGGAGAGCAGGCAGAUGAUGAUGAUGAUGAUGAUGAUGAUGGCGAAAUGAAAGAGAAAACCCGCACAGAGAUGGCAGAGGGUGGAAUUGAACCCUGGUCUCCUAGCUGCGAGGUCUGCGCGCUAACCACUCUACCGCCAUGCCGCCCAAUGGUGAUGCCCGAUGGUGGCCUCCUGGUCUGUGGUUGCAUGAGUGCCGCUGGCACUGGGGAGAAAAGGGCUGUGGGUAAGACAUGCCUGCUCAUCAGCUACACUACCAAUGCCUUCCCUGGAGAGUACAUCCCGACAGUCUUUGACAACUACUCUGCCAAUGUGAUGGUGGACGGGAAGCCGGUGAACCUCGGGUUAUGGGAUACAGCGGGACAGGAGGACUACGACCGACUCAGGCCGCUCUCCUACCCACAGACAGAUGUCUUCCUGAUUUGCUUCUCACUGGUCAGCCCUGCCUCUUUUGAAAACGUUCGUGCUAAGUGGUACCCUGAGGUGAGACAUCACUGCCCCAACACCCCCAUCAUCCUGGUGGGCACUAAGCUCGACCUGAGAGACGACAAGGACACCAUCGAGAAGCUCAAGGAGAAGAAACUCACGCCCAUCAUCUACCCUCAGGGCUUGGCCAUGGCGAAAGAAAUAAGUUAG